CCUCCUGAUCCCAAAAACUCGAGCUCUUCCUUAUUCAGUUUCACACUGUAUCGCGCCGGACGCAGGUCGCGAGGAGGGGACAUUCGCGUCGUCGCGCGCCCGGUUUCAUCAACCUGCCGCCGCUUUUCAAACUUCGCCAUUUUAUUCGUGUAAGCCGAGCGCAGUCAUGAGUUUGUACAGCGCGCAACGCGGAUUCAACCCGAGUCGACGCGCCGGGUCCCGGAGCGAUCUGAACCAGGCGCCCUCGUAUCCGUAUGCGCGCAGUGAGGUGGUGCCUCAGCGGGGUAAUAAUGGAUACAGUCAGGAGUUUAUGGAAGGAUACAGCCAGAGUUUCUCUCGAGGAUCAAUGACCGCAGGCCAAGUCCCCCCAAUUGCCUCAAUCCAACAGAGGAUCCCAUUUCUUCAGACCCAGUGUCAGGAUUACCUGGACAAGGCAGCAAUACUUUUACAGUCUGGUGGAGAUCAACGAGCUUUAGCUGAAGCUGAAAACUGUUUGGCGGCAGCGAGUGACAUCACUGAACAGCUCCAAGGUUUCGCUUUAGAUCUCAAUCAUCAGAAUCUGCCCACAGACGGUCUCGUGCACAGUAUAAAUGUGUUUUCCGAUCAGAUCAGGGAGUUGAGUGUGAUUCUGACUGGACCUCCACAACAGAAGUGGGGCAACAGAACCCUUCGUCGCAGUUUGAGCCGCGAUGAACCCAAGUAUUUUAGCGAGGCUAUGGCCUGGAUUACACAACAGAAGCGUCUGAUAGAGACGUCUCUAUGGGGUGAUGAUUUGGAGGCCAUCGGGCAGCAGAUAACCAAUCACAGCUCGUUUCAAAGCUCCAUCAAGAGAAGCGUUGAAGUGGAUCGGGCUCGGGCUGAACUGAUGCAAUCCAACAACCAAAAUCCAGAUAUAAACAAACCCUUCCUGAAUAAACUGGAGCAAGAAUGGGACAGUCUGCAGAAAGUAGCGUAUCAGCGGGGUGUGAACUUAAAUGACCUGAGGAACAUCAUCGAAGAGAUAUCCAAUCAGAUUAUGUGGGUGAAUGAAAGAGAAGAAGAAGAGCUGGUGUUCGACUGGGGCGAUAAAAACAUCGAUGAAUACAUUCCCAAAAAAGAGGAGAGCUUUUCUAAGUUAAUGAGUGAAUUGGAGCAAAAGGACAUUCAGCUGAACGUUCUGCGAGGGAAAGUGGACGUCCUGCUUAAAAACAAACAUCCAGCGUCUGAUAAGAUCCAAGCGUAUAUGGAGACAUUACAGACCCAGUGGAGUUGGCUACUGCAGAUCACCAAAUGCAUUCAUGUGCAUCUGAAGGAAAAUGCUCAAUAUAGUCAGUUUUUCAAAGAGACGAGCGUAAUGAACCGUAAACUCCAGAAAGAACACGACAACAUCCGCAAGAACUUCACCUGUGAUAAAUCGACUCCUCUGCAUUCCUUACUAGAGCUUUUACAAGGCCUGGAGAGAGAACGUGAGCGUUUUAUCGAACAGAAGGAGAAGGUCCAGCAGUUGGUGGUCAAGUCUAAGAACAUUAUCAGACUCAAACCCAGAAACCCUGAAGAGAAAGUCGCAGGCCAGCGGAUCCUCGUGCGUGCGCUGUGUGACUUUAGACAAGACGAGAAAACCAUCUAUAAAGGAGAUGAAGGUAUAUUGAAGGACAACUCUGAGCGAACCACAUGGCAGGUGACAGGACCUGGAGGGAUGGACAUGCAGGUGCCAUCGGUUUGUCUGAUAGUCCCACCACCAAAUCCACUGGCUGUUAGUCUGGCCAACAAGAAUUCUCAGUAUUAUGAGGCUAUUUUAUCAGUGUGGAAUCAGCUGUAUAUUAAUGUCAAGAGUAUGAUAUCAUGGCAGUACUGUAUGCUUGACAUUCAACGGAUCAACUCGCUUACCCUUACUAUGUUGUCUAAAAUGGGCCCAGACGAGUACAACAACAUCCUCAAAAGUUUGGAGAUGCACUUUCAGGAAUUCAAAAAACACUCAAAGGGUUCAGAGCUGUUUGGCGCGGAAGACCACAAAGUCAUUGAGACUCAAAUCACAGUCGCCACGGAGCACUAUGAUGCACUGGUUGUACAGCUGCCUACAUACACUGCUAGAGGAGAAGGCUCUGAAUAUACGGUGGCGGUGAGCGUUAAAAUGUUAAAUGAUCUCAACGCUCUUCAGCUGAAGCUGGAUGGGACCGAAUCUUUCCUCAAUACAUUCCUGUACAUCGCUUUAGGAGAGAACGCACCUGAGGAAUGCAGUCGCCAUAUCACUGCCACACAGGCCUUUCAGAAAGAUUUGGCAAGUCUGAGAGGAGAGUUUGUGAGGCUGAAAGACGACGUGCAGGAUGAACUGAAGGACGCAGAUAACACCGAUAAAGCCAAAUACCUGCGCAGUCAGCUAGACAUCAUCAAUCAGAGACUUCUUCACCUGGAGACGUACAAUGCUACACAUCUGCAGAGGUUAAAUUCGCUGAGGUCUCUGCUGAAGGGUUUACUGCAGGUCGACGACAUUGUCAAAGUUUAUGAGGCUCGACUGACUGAGAAAGAAACGGCCUCACUCGAUCCAGAAGAAAUCAAGAAGUACCAGAAUGAGCUUCAGAUUAUGCAUACCGACAUAGAACAGAAAAAGGAAGUACUGGAUCUACAGAUGGUCGAGUUGAACAAAAUUCAUGAGUUGAAUGAACAGAGAGACCAGAGCCGUUACAGGUGUGUUGUGAACACUGAACAGUAUGCCGAGCAUGUGAAUCAGUUAUCAGACCGAUGGAAGCGUAUCCAAGUACAAAUAAGCAACAGGUAUCAUGAUCUGGAUGCAUACGUGCCCAAGCUCAAGCAAUACCUGCUGUCCAGCUCUCAACUCAGUGAUUGGAUCAAUCAAACCCAACGGCAUAUUGACACUCAGCAGGCCAUCAAGACUGAUGACAGCACAGUUUACACCCAACUCCUCAAUCAACAAAAAGCAUUAAACUCUGAAAUUAAAGCUAAAAGAGAACUACUGGAGACUGUCCAGAAAGAUGGGAAUGACUGCAUUAAUGCCAUCAAGAACUAUGAACUAGAAUUAGCAUCUUACAGUGCUGGACUGGAAACGUUGCUCAACAUUCCCAUUAAGAGAACGGUCCUGCAAUCCCCAUCUUCUGCCAUUGUGGAAGAGGUCUCAUCUCUUAAUGCACACUAUUUGGAGUUGCUUACACGUUCAAGUGAUUUCUACAAACUUCUCAUGCUUGGCCUUAAGAACAUGGAAGAAUUGAAGAUUCGCAACACCAGGAUUGAGCUGCUUGAAGAUGAACUUCAGGAACUGAAAGAUGCCAUCAGGGACCACAGUGAGACUAAUGCCGCUUUGCAGAAGACCCUCUCAAAGUACCAAAAAGAGCUCAGUGACUCUCAGGACCACCUGCUUUCUCUGGAGGAGGUGAAGAGGAGCGAGACUUUAAAGUGCAUGGCCACACAGGAGAGCCUGGACUCCUCUAAGAGUCGUCUCCAAGAGCUUAUGGAGGAAAUACGUCGGCUUAAGCUUCAGUUGGAGGAGGUGGAGAGAAAGAAGACAAUUGUGGAUGAGCGGUACACAUUUUUGCGGGAGGAAUACGAUGAAACCAUGAGUAAGAAACUUAAGGAACUGGAGCAGGCCAGUUGGGCCAAGCUGGAGCUGGAGAAGACCGUGUCAGAGCGGACCAAAGAGGUGGAACGUCUGCGCAAGGAGUUAGAGGAGGAAUCUCAACGGGUGAAGGAGGCACAGAUGGAGAUUGCGAAGGUAAGGCAGCUGCAUAGCACAGAGAUGCAGGAGGUGAAACAGACCUUCGAGUCUCAAAUCCUCGUUACACAGACCAACAUGCAGAAGCUUUCGCAGCAGCAGGAAAAUGAAUUGGACGCCAUGCGUCUGGAAUACGAAAGAUUAGAGGGUGAGUCUAGGGAUUUGAAGGAGCAGCUGCAGAGGCUUCGUCUCUCCUUAAGCCAGGAGGAGGUCCAGAGGAAGCACUUGGAGGGAGAGGUGCAGAAACUUAGUUCCGCUGGGACGGAGGAAGGUCGGAAGAGGCACGAACUGGAAUCUCAGGUCCAGCUAAUGCUUAGCCAGAAUCGUGAAGCUGAGAACAAAUGGAAGGAUGUACAGCAGAGCUCCAAUCGGACACUGCAAGAGAAGAAUACUGAGAUUAAUAAACUCACGCGCAGUCUCGAGGAGGAGCGACGCUUGAAACGAGCUUUGGAGGCAGAGAAAAGCCGACUAGAAAAAGAGAUGGGUGACCUCAAAUCCAAGAAUGAAGCUUCUGGUGAGGAACUGGUGAAGCUCCGCUCGUCCCAUCAAGAAUUGAGCCUCAUAAGGGUGGAAUUAGAGGCCCACGCCCUUGAGAAGGGCCGGUCUGAACAGACUAUUGUGCGGCUACAAACACGCAUUCAGGAACUCCAGGAGGAGCUGAAGCGUCUGGAAAGCGAGUUGGAGAAGCAACGUAGAGUGGGAGAAGAAGAGACUGGCAAACGUAGGAAAAUCGAAAUGCAACUUGAAAAGACUAACCAGACUAUGCGAGAGUACACCACUACAAUUAACACACUGCGUAAGAGCCAGGAAGAGACCAAUGUUGAGGCCAAACAGGCGGAUGACGAACGCAAGAGGCUACAGGAAGCCCUGGACCGUAGCUUAAAGGAGAACAAAGCAACUUCUCAGAGCCUGGCUGCCUUGAAAGCUGAGAUGACUACUCUGAAACUACAGUUGACACAGGAGCAGGGUCGUGUCCAAGACAGCAACCAGCGCUACGAGGCCCUUCGUCGUAGUACUGAAGAGAAGACCAGUGCGCUUAACGUAAGCACGUCCGAGACCCAGCGUCUGCAGAGGCUCAAUGAAACUCUUACCAAAGACCGAAACCGCCUUGAGGAGGAGUUGCGCCGUGUGCGUCUGGAGGGCGAGGAACUGCUUAAAAGCAAAAAGAAUGAAGAUCGUGGAAUGGCUGAGCAAAUAGCUUUGUUGCAGAAACAGCUUGAAGCCAGCCAGCGCGCCAGCACAGAGCAUGACAGGCUUAUGCGGCAGCUUUCACGAGAGAGAGAAAAACUGCAGCUGGAGAUAGAACAUACGCAAAAACAAGCCAGUGAGACUUCAUCUAUAAUCCAGACCAGCCAAUCUCAGUGCAUUGAACUGCAGAAAGAGAGGGAUGACCUCAUCACGAGAAUGAAAACCAUGGAACAGGAUAUGAAGCGUUUGAAAGGUCUAGAGGAGGAGCUACUGCGUUUCAAACUCUCAGCAGAGUCAGAAACACGACUAAAAUUACAGCUACAGGAAGAUAAUGAGAAGAUCAAGAAGGAUUUCGCCGAAUGGAAGAGCAAAUGUGAGACUCACGAGAACAAAAUACGGCAGCUUGGCUCGGAGCGCUCUGCCAUGGAGAGCCAGUUGACCUCUGUCAAAAGCGAAAUGGAAAGGCUAAGGGCGCAACUAAAAGAGGAUGAAGAACGUUACAGAGUGCAAUCACAGACGUGGGAACGGGAGAGAGUUGAGUUGCAAGUGGUUAAAGAGUCACAGCAAAAUAAGAUUCUGACAGUUCCACAGAAACCAGAUGGUGCUAACAAAUACACCCAAACAGACCAACUCGACUCUUCCAAUUUGGUCUUUGAUGGUGUCCGCAAGAAGGUCACGGCACAGCAACUGCAGGACUGUGGUGUGAUUGACAAAGUGACAAUUGAACAGUUGUUAAACGGUCAGCGGACCAUCCAAGACGUAGCCGUUGAUAUCAGGCUCAAUCUUAAAGGCACUGGAGCCAUUGCAGGGCUGGCAGGCGGCCCUAAAGGAAAACUGACCUUCACGGAAGCCAAAAAACAAAAGUUGCUCUCAGACGAAAGUGGAAACAUGUUGCUGGAGGCUCAAGCUGCCACUGGACACAUUAUAGAUCCCAGAGCUAAUGUGAGAAUGACUGUUGAGGAAGCUUGUCUGAAUGGACUGGUGGAUGAAUCUGACAAGAAGCUGCUGUUGACUGCAGAGGCUGCCUGUGUUGGGUUCAGGGAUCCAAAAACUGGCAAGUUGUUGUCAGCUAGCCAAGCCAUGAGAAAGGGAAUAAUCGAAAUGGACACAGCUCUUCGUCUGCUGCAGGCACAGGAGGCGGCCGGAGGGAUCCUUGAUCCCACCCUAAGCGUUUAUCUUUCUAAAGAUGCUGCCAUGGACCGUGAACUCAUUGACGAGGAUCUUUAUCAAGCUCUAAAUGCUAGACCAGAGUGCUACGUUGAUCCAGACACAAAUCUUUCUGCCACCUAUGUUACCUUGAAGAAGCGAUGCAAAGCUGACCUCAGCACCGGCUUACUCCUCCUUCCAGCCCCUGAAAAACCCAUAACUGUACAGGGGCUGCGUGCCGAAGUUAACGUAACAGACCUUGUGGAUGCGAAACUGCUGGAUGCGUCAGACAUGGACCAGUUGAGAGAGGGCAAGAUUACCAGCCAAGACAUAGAACAGAGGCUUCGGGCUUAUCUACGAGAUUCAACCUGCAUUGCUGGAGUUUAUGAUGAGGCCAACAACUGCACUUUGACCAUCUACCAGUCCAUGAAGAAUGGGCUUCUGCGCCCAGGAACUACCUUGGAGCUGUUGGAGGCCCAGGCUGCCUCCGGCUUCAUGAUUGACCCUAUCCAUAAUGAGUACUACACUGUUGAGGAGGCCUGUAAGAAAGGGCUGGUAGGUGUUGAGUUCAAAGACAAGCUUCUUUCUGCAGAGAGGGCAGUCACUGGGUACAAACACCCAGGCACCAAUAAGAUCAUCUCACUUUUUGAGGCCAUUGAGCAGGGUAUCAUAGAGAAAGGUCAUGGUAUUCGCCUGUUAGAGGCACAGAUUGCCAGCGGUGGCAUCAUUGAUCCUGAACACAGUCACAGAAUUGACGUAGAUGUUGCCUAUCAAAGAGGCUAUUUUGGUGAGGAGAUGAACCAGAUUCUGAAAGAUGAAGGAGAUGACACAAAGGGUUUCUUUGACCCCAACACAGAGGAAAAUCUAACAUACUUGCAGCUAAAGAGCCGUUGCACUACAGAUAAAAAGACGGGACUGGUGCUUCUUCCUCUUCAUGAUAAGAAAAAGACACAGCAAAAGAACUCGCUAAGGAAGAGGAGGGUCUUGAUUAUCGAUCCAGAAACUAAUAAAGAGAUGACAUGCCGUGAAGCCUACGAUAGGCAACUCAUAGAUUACGAGACAUUUCUAGAAUUGUCCCAGCAAGAGUGCGAGUGGGAAGAAACGGUCAUCACUGCCUCAGACGGCUCUUCCAUAACAGCUAUAAUGGACAUGAAGACAGGCACUCAGUAUGACCUGAAAGAAAUGCUUAAAAAAGGUGUGAUCGACCAAGAUGUAUUUAACAGCUAUCGCUCAGGAAAUCUCACACUCACACAGCUCGCCGAUCUGAUCACCAGUAAGCUAAAGAACAUUAGCAAACCCCUCAGCCCUUUGGCCUCCUCAUCGUCGUACACAUCACAGGUGUCAUUUAAAAGCCAGACAUUUAAAACUGAAACCAUCAAAUCUGUGGAAACUGUCUCCACUCAACAAGAGCCAUCCUCAAUAAACACUUCCAAGCAUGUUUCCAGCAUGUCAAUCAAAUUGGCCCCAUUGUUAGAAACAGUAGAGGAACAGAAUCCAGUUGGAGCUAUCUUUGACACCGAGAAGCUUGAGAAGAUCACCGUGUGUGACGCUUUGAAGCGAGGAAUCAUUGACUCCAUCACUGCACAGCGACUGCUUGAGGCACAGGCCUGCACUGGUGGGAUUGUGAAUCCUGAAAACGGUCGCCGCGUGUCCAUUCAGGAAGCGACCCGUCUUGGUGUGAUUGAUGACGACAUGGCUAAUAGGGUAAAGCCUGCACAGAAAGCUUAUAUUGGUUUCGAAGAUGUGAAAACCAAGCGUAAGAUGUCGGCCGCUGAGGCAGUGAAAGAAAAAUGGCUGCCAUAUGAAGCUGGCCAGCGUUUCCUUGAAUUCCAGUAUUUAACCGGUGGGCUCUUUGACCCAGAACAUGGAACCAGACGUUCGCUUGACGAGGCUUUGCAGUUGGGCUGGAUAGACAUGAGACAGGCUCAAAAGCUUCAAGAUACACGCCAUCACCCCAAGACCUUAACCUGUCCUAAGACAAAGCUAAGGAUAUCCUACAAGGAGGCUCUGGAAGGUUGCAUGAAUGAGGAGAACACGGAAGUCCGCAUGCUUCCUGCUGCUACGGUUUCAUCACGUGGAAUCAGCAGCCCCUACAAUCUCUCUAACCCCGGAUCUGCAUCUGGGUCUCGAAGCGGAUCACGCAGGGGAAGCGUAGACUAUGAUUCAUCUUCCUCUUCAAAAUUUAGCAGCUUCAGCUACAACAAAACUUCUUUCAGCACAAGUUCGCUCUCCUAAACAUAUAUUGCGCUUCUUUAUAAGUAUCCAUGAAAGUAUUUUUAGAUCACACCAUAAGAACAUCAAAUUCACUCAGAUUUAUCAUUUUAAAGCAGUAUCAUACAUUUUAAAUACAGAAAACACUGGAAAUGUUUUUGAACCAAUCAGUACGUUUUUACAGUUUUGUUUUUGGGAAACAAUACCAUUUAAUGUAUAUCUUUAAUCUAAAUGUAGUUAAGUUGAAUGUAUUAGUUUAGAAAAAAAUAUUUUAUUAAUCUGUUUACUCACAAUCUGGGGGUUUGGCAGCUUCUAAAAUGUAUUACAUAGAUUUAAAAGUUGUUUAUAACAUUAGAUGGGUGAGGAUACUACUUUUUUGCACCACUUAGUAACUGCUGUAUCUUUUCUGAAUUUAACUUCCUUUGUUGUUUUUUGAAUUGAUGUACUCUGUGAAGUGAACAUCUAACACAAUUUCUGACAUUUUUAUUUUGAAGUGUUAUUGCUUAAAUAAAGACUUAAUAAAAUGAUUAGCUUACUUGAACAA